AUGCGAGCUAUUAUCUGCUCUACCCGCGGCAUAGUCCCCCUUGUCCGCCGCAGCCCAUCAAUUUACCUUGUCAUCGCGUGUUUCCAGCGCGCGACUCACUCCACAUAUUCAUCACACUCCAAGUGCACUGAUGAGAACAUUGCUCUCCCCGUCGGAAACAAUGGGUCUAUAUCGCUACGAAUUACACGCCCAGGCGCGUUGAACGAAGCCAACCAGGGACUUUCCGAGAGGCCAAAUGUAAUCAUCUAUCUUCCACCUGGGCCUUUGUUUCACGAAGUUGAUUCAAAUAACGGACAAGGGGGUGAGUCCCUGUCGUCCCUCGAUCCAGGACAGGGAAUUGGACAUGCUGUUCCCCUAACCCCCGCGGGAGCAUCUCCCCAGCACAUUCUAGCAUCUACCACUUCUGCCGUGGUAGUCACGAUCAACUAUCGCUUAGGGGAGGUCCAGAAACGGAGGCGACUGUCUGGAGAUGCAACCACGAGCCCUGAAGAGCGAAAUGAGGCCCCAGACCAAGCUAUAGUCCCACGAAACUCUCGGCCACAAUCUUACCAAUACCCAACCCCAGUACACGACACUCUAGCUGGGUUUGACUGGAUCUACGAAAAUCUCAAACCAUCUCAAUUAGGUGUCUUUGGCAGACACGUUGGGGGCUCACUAGCUCUCAUGCUAGCACUGACUGAAGCCCGAUCCAUCAAAGCUGUGGCCACCCUCGACCCCGUCUGUGACUGGCCUAUCCUGGACGAAUACUGCACCCGAGAGAGCGCCAACACAAAAGCCAACGAAAAAGACGGAAAUACAUCCAUUAUCUCAAAACCAAAGCGGCAAAGAAGGAAGGCCGCACCUAGCGACCUAGUCCAGCUCCUCGAAGCACGAUCUCGCUUCUUCUCAACACCUGAACGCUGUUUCGACUCAUUUGCCUCUCCAGUUCUAUUUCUCCGCUCUGCCGGCCGAGAUGUGCCACGCGUCUUCCCUCGAUACCUGACAGGCCCCGAUUAUCCGGUCCCAGUGCUCCGGGAAACGGGACAGAUGUCAAAUGAUGACCUUGGCGAUUCCAUCUGGGAUCUACAUGAAUACCCGGAUGCGGACGGUGAUGAGGUAGAUGAGGUGGCGGUGACGACUACACGUCGCAGGAAGGCGCUUUCUCGAUGGCCGCCUCAUGGAUUGGACUAUGGACUUAGUGGAGACUCUCGGUCUGGGCCUGAUGCUGGAGUCGGACGGCUGGAGGUGACGCUACCAUGGGUGAGGGUGGUGUCGACAACGCCGGUGAAUGGACCUAAAGAGGACGGUGGUGGCUCUAGCACUACUGUUCUUGCUAGACAGGCUGAUGAAAUGGUCUCUGUUAUGCGACGAGCUUGCUUCUGGGGUCGGGAGAAGGGGUUCGCUGAGCGGAAGGUUACUUUGUCUAAGGUUGAUGAUAUUGACAAUUUUGAGGUGGGAGCUUGGUUUGACGAGGCCUUCCAGGGGGUGAUGGACGAUUCGGAUUAG